AUGGUGUUCUAUGGUGCUAUUCUUGGUGUUGCAGCAAAAUGUAUCUCUGGUAUGGAUUUAUGAGAAUUACCUUUCUAAAGCUUUUUUUAUUUACACAGUCUGUGGUCAGUGUUUUAUACCUAGUACGUGUUUCAUACUCAGUCCGUAGUUUCUAGUCCGCAUUUUAUACUUAGUCUGUGUUUUAUAAUGACCGAUUAUGAAAGAGGUCUGUAAGCUACAGUAUUACAGUGCAUGAUCAGCUGUCAUGAGUAGGAUAUAACCCCAGUGGACUGGAGUACAGAAAUAACUGCAGAUGUCCUGUGUAUUUAUGCCCUAAGAGAAAGCAAGGGUAUGAAUUUUAGAAAAGAUGGAGUUAGCAGGGUUUUUUUCUUAACAGAUGUUGCUGAGCUCUUGCUAGAUCUUGGAUGUUCUCCUUCCUUGGUUGGUAAGUGUUGGAAUAUUAAUUAAAGAUGAGUAAAGUAUAAAGCAAACAUGAAUAAAUAUAUAUGUGUGUGUGAGUGCAUUAUUGUCUAAUUUGUUGCCUGCAGGUGGUAUUGUGCUUCCGUUGCUGGGAGCAGUACCUGACUCUGCUAUCAUCAUUGUUUCUGGACUUGGUGAUGAUGCUCAAACUAAGCUCUCAGUUGGAAUGGAGCGAGUUGUUAAAUAAUAUUUAUAACGAUUAUAGUCAACUUAAAGAUUGUCUCCUUUCUGAACAUUCCCGUUGUAUUUGCUCAUUGCUUUUUUGCUCCCAUGGUUACAACUUUUUGCUGUUUUUUGCCUUUGUCUGUUGUGAGUUUUUGCAUGGGUACUAUAUAUAUUCUAAAGCAGGGAUGUUGCCAGGCCUAUCGGUCCCUUUGCAUUGGCUAUUGGCUUCUCAUUUGAAUAACCCUUGUGUGACAGGUGCCAUUAAAGUGGGGUUGUUGACAUUGGUGAAGUUGCUAUGGUUACCUCUUCAUUUCAGUCUGCUCACUUUGCUUACUGUUGCUUGUGCUGUCAUUGCAAGGCUCAAAAUAAUUUUUCAACAGUGGCUGGUGUGCUGUGCACUUGACCAGUCAAAACAACCCUCCAACUAAAUGUUUGUCCUUUGACUGGCCGUUAAUUUGAGCCCUGCAUCACCUGCAUCUAACCUCAGUUCAUAUCCUGUUGGAUGGGUUAAAUCUCUAGUACUGAUUUUUCUGUGUUGACAAAGUUGCAAAACUAGACUAUAAAAAAAUUAAUAUUGUUUCUUUGUUUGUGAAAGUAACUUCUCUAAGUUCACCAUUGUUUGUUACAACAGCAAGGUUGAAAGUAAACUUGUGUAUGGUCUUUCAAACAGUACGCUGCCUGGAAGUACCAUCAUGUUGUUGACUGCUGCCUGGGCCGGCAGCUUGGUUAUCGGCAAGUGUGACCUAUAG